AUGUUCGUGGGCGAUCAGGUUGCCAGGAGGGCUGAAUUGGACGGGAAGAAAUGCGACUCCGAGGCUGUGGCUUGCGAGUCUGCGGCUUGCGAGUCUACUGUGGUCACUUACCCCGACACCGAGAGCGAGUUUGGCGACUACAGCGGCACCUGCGACACCCGGCGCGACAGCGCAGGCGAGCAGCAGGAGCCCCGGGUGGCAGACGGCGCCGCGCAGCAGCCGCAGCCCUCGCAGGGGUCUGAGCAGGGGCGCAAGUGUCGCGGCCGUGGCCGCAAGAAGCGAGUGGCUCAAGCAAACAAGAUCAAGGAGAUGACGAGCACGAGCGGGCCCCAUAGCAUCACCACGGUGAUGGUGCGAAACGUGCCAGAGAGGUGCCAGCAGGACGAGUUUGUGAGCGAGCUGGACAAGUCUGGCUUCCAGGGCAUGUAUGAUUUCUGUUACAUGCCGCGCGACUUCAAAUCCAGCCUCAACAAGGGGUACGUGUUCUUGAACUUCAAGACUCCGACCGCCGCGAGGUGCUUCAAGAAUAUGUGGCACGGGUGGCAGCGGUUUUCGAACCAUCCUGACAGCGACAGCCGUCGUUUGCAGGUGACUGCCGCGCACAUCCAAGGGUUCGAGGCCAACAUAGCGAUGCUGGAGACAGCUGGGACCAUUCGAAAUCCGAACUACCGCCGGCUUGUCAUCAGCAACAGCGACCCCGACCGUGGCAGUUUGGAGCAAUCAUCGCCGGCUGCCCAGCCAGCCGCUAGGCUCCCAGCAACACCUCCGCAGAUCAGUGGCCUCGCGGAGGGAGCCGGCCCACAGACGGCGUUGUCGAAGCCGCCGGGCGAGUUUUUGUCAGCAUCGGCGGGCGCCUGUCCACAGGUGUCCGCCAGCGAAUACCACUUCGAGCAGCACCCGAAUUCGGUAACGUACUUGCCGUUCGGCUCCUGCCAGUGGACGGACCUGGCCAGGCAGCAGGGGACACAGCUCUUCCCGUGGCCAGCCAUGGGGCAGUGGGGCCACCCGGCCUUGUGA